AUGGAGGCGCUGAGCAGUUGGACUUUGGCGCUGCUGCGCCUGCUGAGCGCUCUGCCCGGCAGCUGGACCUGGACGCAGGCGCGCACGCCCUACUCGCUGGCCCACAGCUACUUGGAUGCGGGCCAACGGCCGCUCUGGAUACUUGAGGAUGAGCUGAUGAAGCGCCAGUCCCGGCACGACUCGGACUACGCCACCAGCACGCGUGCCACAAUAAUGCGACGCGCCCGAGCACAGCGCCGACAGCAGCGACAGCAACUGCCCACAGCGAUCACGAUUCGCGUGCGACCCGACACAACUGAGGAGUUGCCGCAUCUGGUGGCGCCGCCGCUAGCCGCACCAUCGCUCGCCCAGCGCCAUUUCGUGCUGCCGCAUCGCCUGCAGCUGCCGAGCCACUACGUCCAGCAGCUGGGCCAAACAACGUCCCGGCCCAAGCCGGCGCAACGGCGCCGCCAGCCGCAGUCGCUGCCCAUAUUCGACAAUGUGCCCGGUGACAAUGCUCUGCCCACUGCCAGCUACCCGAUCUUCGUCUACAAUGGCACCAGGGGCGAGCUGCUGCUCAACACGAUGCUGAGUGCACAGCGCUAUCCCAUGCAGGAGCCGGUGCCCGGGCAGGUGCUCUAUCCGCCCUCGACGCCCAUGUUCCGACCCAAGCCCAUUGUGGAGCGCCUGCGACUGCCUGGCCAGCGGGAGCUGCUCAAUCUGACGCUGAUUCCCUUCUAUGCCCACGAGGCUAUCACUGUGCCACCGAUUACAACAACCACAGCCACAACCACAACACCACUCGCAGCCACGACGCCCAUGACGACGCCCUACGAAACGCAGCUGCCGCGCAGCAAGCACAAGCGCAAAGCCAAGAAGGCGAAGCAGUACAAUGCCUAUCGCUCGCCCCAGGAAGUGGUGCAGUGGCAGCCAACGCUGCGCAGCUCGCCGGCACUGGAGCCGCCCGACAAUCAUCGUCAUUACGUGGUGGCAACCACCGCCAGCACAGCCAGCACAGCCAGCGCGGCCCAAGAGCAGCAGGAGCUGGAGCAGCUGGAGCAGCUGGAUCAGCUGGAGGCUGAGAUUGAGGAUUCCGUCAGCCAGGAGCUGGCACUGCCGGAGCAGUCACAGUUAGCAGAGCUCGAGGAGACGCGCACCAGCACCGCCAGUGCCUCAGCUAGUUCAUCUUCAUCUUCAUUCCAGAUAGUCUAUGUGGACGAGAGCAUGGAGCCACCUUACGACUCGCAGGCCAGCACCACAGCAGCACCGCCGUUGUUGCGCCAGAGCUCGCGCUAUGCCUUGAAGCGGGAGUACUUUGCCUUUCCAGUCUAUACGCUGGGCAAGCUGCUGCGCAGCCCCAAGCGCCACAGAGCGUCUGGCAUUGAGCUCGAUUGCUCCGGCAGCUGCAUGGAGCACGAGGACAGCACCUGGUUCAUUUUGAACUCGCGCUACAAGGGGCGCCACCGCAACGACCAGAGCAAGGAUCAGGUCAAGUACUACACAUCCAAGUAUGUGCAGAAUCCUCCUCGCUAG